GGUGCGCACUCGAGACUUCAUACACGAGUCUAGAAGGAAAGUUGCGUGUGGUGUCUUCAUAACCCACGAAAGAAAUGACAUUAAUCUGCGGGAAACAGUAAAUCGAGAUAUCAAACAAAAAUGUCUCGAUGAAUUCACGAGGUCUUUAGUUUUGACCCUUCAACUUCUGGAAAUACAGCAUUAUGUCCCAGAAUAAAAAUGGAGAGAAGCGGAGGCUUUCCAAAUGGUUGGACUAUGGCAGCAUCAGUGGAGAAGGACAGACGGAUCCAUGUCCUACCUGCCAGGGCACAGGACGCAUCCCGAGAGGUCAGGAAAACCAACUUGUGGCAGUCAUUCCUUGCAGCGACCAAAGGCUGAAACCUCACCACACGAAACUGUAUGUGUUUAUAUCAGUGGGGCUUUGCCUCUUGAUCUGCUCCCUGAUCCUGUUUUUUCUCUUCCCACGGAGUAUGGAUAUGUCAUCUGUAGAACUAAAGUCAUCUAUGGUCUAUUUCACUCCAGAUACAGUAAAAAUGGUGGUCACGCACGAAAUGAACCUUACCAACCAAAACUUUGUCAGUAUCACAGCUGUUAACCUUAGUGUGCAGUCAUUCAUUUUUGAGAUGGUGGUUGGCAACAACAAGUUGCCCAGUGUCUCCAUACUGCCUCCUCGAUCACAGAAAACGAUUAAAGUUAUAGCUGACAUUGUUAUUGAUGACCCUGGCCUUAAUAAUUACUGCAAGUCACGUUCCUUUCAGAUUCACACCUUAUUCUUGCAUUUGCAACUGACUAUCAAAGUCUCCUACCUGUCCCAUUCAGAGCAGAUGUCUACAGAUGCCUAUGAGUAUAUUGACUGUGGAGUGAAUUCAACUAUGCCUCAUCAUUUUCCUCUGCUUUGAGACAAAACCAUUGCCAAUGUAUGGCCAUGAAUGCUGAUGUUAUAAUAAUCAGAACAGGCUGCUUUCAAAAAGAUUGCCAUUUUAUGUUAUAGAUUACUACCAUUCAUUUAAAUGGUUUUUGACUAUAAUGAGAGUAACAUAUAAUACACUGUAAAUAUCACUGGAACCAUGAAUGUGCGCUGUUAACGUAGACCUCUUUUCUUGUAUGUUGAUUUGUUAAUUAGUGUUUACAUGAUAUAAAUGUGUUUUAGAAUUUGCACAACACGAAAUUGCACAUUAAAUGACCUGCAUUUUA